AGUGAGUGAGUGAGUGAGAGUGGGUGGGUGGCUAGCUAGAUGGUUGGAUUGCAGCACAUCAACGCUCUCCAUACUACGGGGCUGUGCGUCGACCGGAAGGUGCUGUCAGUCUAGAACAACCGGGAGCCGGUUCAUGUACCCCGACGGUCGGCUGAAGCGUGCUGUUGGUCGGGAUACAGUGCGGAAUAGGCCCUUCCAGCCUGCUGAGCAACGCCACCCUGCAAACCCCUGAUUUAACGCUAGCCUAACCACGGGACAACUUACAAUGACGGAUUAAUCUACCAGCCGAGAUGUCUUUGAAAUGUGGGAGGAAACCCAUGUGGACAUGGAGAGAAGGUUGAGCUGGUAUUUUCCCAGUGGUGUUUUUGCUGGUCUGCUGAUGGGAAUAAUGUUAGCUAAAGCACUGGAAUUGAGAUAAUUUCAAAAUUUAACUGAAGGCCACAGUGCGACUACAACUGCAUACAGCUCACUACGAACAGUAACCAUGAGCUCUGAAGAGAAAACCAUGUCACCGGCUCACAAAGGGUCAACUCCCACUCACAGGAGUGGGUCAUCAUCUUCCUCCUCUCAAAGGGAGAGCAGGCCGGAUGGUGACAAUUGGGAAAUCAUCGAAGGAUUAAAAAUUGGACAGACCAAUGUCCAGAAGCCAGAUAAACAUGAAGGGUUUAUGUUGAAAAGAAGAAAAUGGCCUUUGAAAGGUUGGCACAAGCGUUUCUUUGUCCUUGAAAGUGGAAUGCUGAAAUAUUCUAAGACACCAAUUGAUAUUCAGAAAGGCAAACUUCACGGAAGCAUUGAUGUUGGGUUGAGUGUCAUGUCAAUCAAAAAGAAGACACAACGGAUAGACCUGGACACAGAAGAACAUAUAUAUCAUCUAAAGGUAAAAUCUCAGGAAGUGUUUGACGCUUGGGUAACAAAAUUGCGUCAUCAUCGUUUGUACCGUCAGAAUGAAAUUGUGCGCUCACCCAGGGAUGCCAAUUUUCACGUCUUCCCUACAUCACCAAAACCUGAUCUCUCACCAGCUCUAACUACUGCUGUAUUAGAUGUAAAGCCCCAGCAAAACAAUUUCACACGGCAGCCCUCCAUUCCAUGCAGUACAAGUCUACCUACUUCCUAUAGCAACAGUCAAACCAAAGUUGCAGCAUGGUUGCUGGAAUCUGAAGAGAUGAAUAAAUGUUCAAAAGACCUUGCACAUUGCCAAUCAAGUCUGGUGGAACUCAGCAAACUAUUACAAAAUCUAGAAAUUCUACAAAGGACACAGUCAGCUCCGAAUUUCACUGACAUGCAGGCUAAUUGCAUAGAUAUUACAAAGAAAGAUAAGCGUGUCACCAGAAGAUGGAGGACAAAAAGUGUGAGCAAAGAUGGAAAAAUGCAGCUUCAGGUUCCCUCGGGUGCUUCUGUGUCUCCCCUUCGUUUGCACUCUUCCAACCCCAACCUAUGUGCCGACAUCGGAGAAUAUCCAAUACAACCAAGUCCGCUUCCGGAGUUCCCUGAUUCCUUUGCGGAGUUUACUAAACUUCAGGAGGAAUUCUGUCUUAUUGCGCAGAAAGUGCAGUGUCUUUUAAAGUCUGCCUUCAACACAGUAGCAAUAGAAAAGGAGAAGUUGAAGCAAAUGCUCUUGGAGCAAGAACAUUCUGGCCACAGUUCUCAGUUCUUCACUCUUAGGAGAACUCUUUCCCAGCCAAGCGACAAGAUUCAUGUCACUAUCCCAUUGUCACAGCAGGACUCUAAUGGGAGCAGGCUCUCUAUGUCUGAAUCAGUUUCGGAAUUUUUUGAUGCUCAAGAAGUACUUCUGUCAGCAAGCUCUUCAGAGAAUGAGGGAUCCGAUGAUGAAUCAUACAUUAGUGAUGUCAGUGACACUAUUUCCGAAGACAAUGCCAGUGUUGCAGAGAAUGCUUCUCGUCGAUUUUCUGAUGGUGAACUUAUGGGGGGUGCAUUUCGAAAUGGCAGACGCACAUGCCUUCCAGCACCUUCACCUGAUACAAGUAGCAUUAAUCUGUGGAACAUUCUGAGAAAUAAUAUUGGAAAAGACCUGUCCAAGGUUUCUAUGCCAGUUGAGCUGAAUGAGCCCCUGAAUACUCUGCAGCAUCUCUGCGAGGAAUUGGAAUACUCCGAGUUGUUAGACAAGGCUGCUGAAACAGAUGAUCCAUAUGACCGAAUGGUUAUGAUUGCUGCAUUUGCAGUUUCAGGUUACGCUACAACAUAUUACAGAGCCACGUUUAAGCCCUUUAACCCAGUCCUUGGAGAGACAUAUGAAUGUAUUCGAGAAGACAAGGGAUUCAGGUUCUUUGCAGAACAGGUCAGCCACCACCCACCCAUUUCUGCCUGUCACUGCGAAUCAAAGAAAUUUGUGUUUUGGCAAGAUGUCAGAUGGAAGAAUAAAUUCUGGGGCAAAUCUAUGGAAAUACUUCCCGUGGGAAGAGUGAAUGUCCUGCUGCCAAAAUAUGGAGAUGAGUUUGAAUGGAAUAAAGUUACCACCUGUAUACAUAACAUUCUUAGUGGGCAACGUUGGAUCGAACACUAUGGAGAAAUUACCAUUAGGAACACAAAAAACAAUGUGUGCAUUUGUAAACUAAGCUUCAUUAAGGGAAGUUACUGGAGUUCAAAUGUAAAUGAAGUUCAAGGGUUUGUGAUGGAUCAGGAAGGGAAAGUGGUACGACGGCUCUUUGGCAAGUGGCAUGAAGGGCUGUACUGUGGAGUUCCCCCCUCUGCUAAAUGCAUAUGGAGACCAGGCUCCAUGCCAACGAACAGUGACAUGUAUUAUGGCUUCACUAGAUUUGCAAUUGAGCUGAAUGAAUUGGAUCCUAUGAUGAAAGAGUUCCUCCCACCUACUGAUGUUAGAUUUAGACCAGAUCAAAGAUACUUAGAAGAAGGUAAUAUCCAAGCCGCUGCAUCUGAGAAGCGCAGAAUCGAAGAAUUGCAAAGGGAGCGGAGAAGGCUUAUGGAAGAAAGCAAUACUGUUUAUCAGCCUCAGUAUUUUAAGAAAGUUUCUGAAGGUAAUCAAAGAGAAUCCUGGAUGAGCACUGGGAACUACUGGGAACUGCGAAAGGAUCCAGGGUUCAGUAAAUUAGAAAUUUCAGCACUCUGGUAAUUUGAAGAAGUAAAAAUAACAUUCUUCACAAGAAAAAAGAAAUUAACUAUGCAUAAGUUAUUGCUGUUUCAAAUCCUAUUGCGUUCCUGUGGUUUAGCUGGUCAUAUGCUAAGGUAUGCCUGUUUAGUAACAGGUAUAAUGAGGAAUAGGCCAUGACCCAGACACUGCUGGUUUACGAUAUUGUUUUCCACUAAAGCUGUGAAUUUUUGGUAAACCAAAAGUUAAAUUUAAAGUGAAUGCACAAUAGGGAUGGCUGUUUGACAGUCAUAUAUUUAUUAAAAUAGUAUAAUCUUAAUGAAGCAUUAACAAUUAUCACGGCUUUUUGCUAGUGUUUCAUCAUUCAUUUUCAUGCCUUAUAAGAACAGCAAAUACAUUAAAAAAACAUAGUUUUUAUUCUGAAAACUUACUGAAUCUCAACUAGUUUUUCAAAUUCAAGUUAUCAUAUCAAAAGUUUAUUCCUAAUUAUUAAGUGAAUCCCAUUCAGCCUUUACAACUACUUCCUUCUACUGUUCAGGCAGCCUCCAUUAUUGAUUGGCUUCCAUUCGCAUUUCAUGUUAAUUUUUAAAAAUUGCUUUAAAGUAUAUAUUUUUUCAGUAAUAUUUGUUUACCGAUGGAUGUGCGAAUAAAGUCCUACUGUCUCUAACAUCAGCCUUGAAGGUGCAAAUAAUACUUUGUUGAUAAGUAAUGCAUACAAGUACAUGGAGUAUAAUGAAUUUACUGUCAGUAGACAUUUGUUAGUCAAUUUGGUUUGCUAGAUAUGAGCAAAGUUAGUACAAUAAAAACCUGCUAUUGAAUGCUGUGUUAAUGGAGAUGUUAACUUAAAGGCUAAGUAUGCAUAGAAGCCAAUUCACAAUAGCGCUAAAUGGAAUAGGACUAGAUAUUUCUGAGUGGGGCCUUCACAGCCCAAGCUCAGUGCCUGCAUUUUCGAUUCUGCUUGAACAUGCCAUCUGCAGUUCAGGAAGACCCAUCUUGUGACCCAGACUGUCCUGUAGCCAGUGAUGAGUCAGUGAAUGAUACAAAUCCUCAAGUGACGCAACAGGGUGUUGAACGGAUAGAAUAUUCCCCAUAUCCAAACCUCCUUAGGAUGUGCCCUUGACUGCCAGUAAAGACCUGCCCCUUGCUUUUAAGAAGUAAAAUCAACUAAAAGCAUUCUAAAAAUAUAAUUUAAUCUUAUUCUUUUUUUUUCUCCUUGAAGUCCUUUAAAUUUAAUCAAAUAAAUGGGCUUACAGGUCAUGUGCUGGCGAUAAGAUCUAAGAUCAGGUCCCCUGACAAAUUUCAAUAAAAUGGAAAUUGCCGGCAGAACCCAUCCAAGGAGUUAAAAGAUUUUUUUCUCUAAGUUGAGCAGAUACCCUAAAUUUUGUGGCUCUUUACAGCAGUUCCACAUAAAACACAAGAAAAAGGCUUCAUACAAUAGUUUUUCUUACAACAGUAUAAAACCUGAAUGUGUUCUUAAUGCUAUAUGCAUUUUUAUUUUAUCUUAAAUUACUUCUGAAUAACUGUAAUAUUUCCUUUAUCUGGUAUGGUCAUUAGCAUUUUCCUUAUAUUUCAAAGGUGCAAUGUCUCCAGCAUAGCAGGCUGAAAUGCAUUUAUGCACUGCAACCUGAUUUUAUGUAAAAGUUAAUGAAUAAUGAGAAAAGUUAAAUUUUGAAGUUCAACAAAGUUGCACAAAAUUAUUAUCUUUUAAGUAUUUUCAAGCUGUGUAGCCAGCUAGACUGAUAAGUUUACUUAAUUGAUAUACAAUACUAGUUGAUGUUGAAUACAUUUGUUUAGAUCUUAAAAUGUUCCUUUUGUACAGGAAAACAUAACAGUGAAUUCAUAAAUACAUUGUACUUUAAAAUGUCGAUCUUUAUACUCUGUUACUGUAGCAAUUAAGUAACAAAAUUUUGAUUUUUUAUUUUUAAUAAUAAAAUUCCACCUAGUAA